UAAUUCAUUUGUUCAUUAUAGUUCUUCCUAGACUUUGAGUUUCUCUCUUGGAUCUUAAGUUAACUUGAGUGUCGGAACGUCUUUUAUAGGUCCCUCCCUAUCUGUGUUGGCGAGAUUAAUGAUACAAAGAUUGUCCAAGCAUAGCCCUAUUCACAAUAACUGAGCUAAGGUUAAAUGCUUCAAUCAUUGUCCAUACCGAACUCUAUUAUUAUAGGUACCUCCCUGUUGUGCUCCACCAUAAUCAGAGGCAAUUGAUAACAACAAGCCACAAUGAGCAGCAGAACCGCACCUUGCAGCCGAUCAUGGUCUAUUAGUGAGGACUCUCUUAAAAGGUAUGUGCAGUUUGCAAGUGAAAGCUGCAUACAAGAAUUAUUGGCAGCUUCAGACACAAACAGAGGAAGUGGCAAUGAUGGAUGGAAAGUGCUUACUCUUGACAAUGGAGUUGAGAUAUCAAAACGCAGGUCAGGCUCACUUCACACAUUUCGCAGCCGUUGGGUUCUUAGAUCUGUCUCUCCACAACAAUUCAUCACUGUGGCCAAUGCCAUUGAUGCUGCAAAGCAAUGGGACUCUGAUUUGGUGGAAGCGAGGUACAUAAAAGAUAUUGAAGACAACCUCAGCAUAAUUCGCCUUAGGUUUGGAGAUAACUCCAAGCCUCUGUUCAGGAAUAGAGAAUUCAUUGUCUAUGAGAGGCGUGAAACCAUGGAAGAUGGCACCUUGGUAGUAGCAGUUGCUUCACUACCAAAGGAAAUAGCAGCUGGGUUACAUCCAAAGCAAAACAAUGCAAUCAGGGGACUAUUGCUACAAUCAGGAUGGGUAGUAGACAAGCUUGAAGAUGAUUCAUGUGUGGUCACUUAUGUUGUUCAGUUAGAUCCUGCAGGGUGGCUGCCCAAGUGCUUUGUCAAUCGAUUGAACACAAAACUGGUUAUGAUCAUUGAAAAUCUCAGAAAAUUAGCCCAAACUGCAUGUCCAGUUGAAGGUGAAAAUUGAUUACUUUGUAAAGUUGGAGGGAGAGGAACAAAUUAAGUAUACUAUUAAUGUCCAUCAAUGAUAUUUAUUUACCACUAUAGAUAAUAAAUAGAAUCAACUGAGCUAAUUUUUCAGCACUGCAAUACAGAUAUUUUUAAGUUUGUAGUUA